AGAGGACAGGCGGUCGCUCCGUCCUCCUUUUUUUUAGUCUUCCUAUUAAAUGGCUGGAAUUUAGUGGUGUGUGUGGUAUAUGUGAAGUGAAGUGGAUAUUGAGCGACACCCGGACACAAAUGUGGUUUUAAUUAGGUGCUUCUUUUACCCAAAAGAAGACUUUGUAUCUUGUUUUUACUGGUGAUUCAUGGAUGCUGGAGACGACCGUUCAGAAUGGAGGAAAUAACAGCUGAGCAAGUAACGCUAAAAUGUGUAAACUCUCUGGAAUUGUUACCAGAGACUAUAUCAUCCAUUACGCAGCUAGCAGAUGGGAAAUUUUUUGCACAUCUGAUAAAUAUUUUAAAAAAUCUAGAUAUCCAGAACAGUGACCUAGUCAGUAAUAUCCCCAUACUUGAGACUAUUUUAAAAGAGCAUUUUGCUGGACCUGACUUAGUCAACUUUGAAGAUGUGGCUGGAGGUAACAACUUGGAGCUUACAAAGCUCACUCUUCUCCUCAUGUACAUUAUGAUAUUUAUGGAUGCCAAAUUGAGAAGCAAGCUUAUCAGCUCCCCAGUAAUGGAUCAGUCCACACAAAUAAAGUUUAAAUAUCUCAUUGAGUCAAUCCAGAGAAGAGGAUCAGGGAUGAGCUCAAAGUUCCUAAACAUACUCUGUACAGAAAGACUCGAUGGCAAAGUGUCAGCACGUUGCCAGACUCCAGUUUCAAACAGUGCUCCGUGGGGCUCUCCAAAUGUCUAUUCCAGCUCCCCAAAGGCAGCACCAACAUCACCGUUACGAGACUUAGUGCAGAGUCCACCAUUUCGAAUGCAAAAACUUUUAAAUGCCAAAACAAAAGAAGUUAAGCAGUUGCAACAACAAAUACAUGGUUUGGAAAAUGAAAAACAAGAGGCAGAGGUGAACACAGUCUUGUUGCACAAAAAGUUAGCCAAGAUGUCCAGUGACCUCGAAAAGUGUCAGUCUGAAGUGAGAGAACAGAAACAGUACCGAGAUGAGCUGGAAGCAAAGCUGAUGGCAGGAGAAGACCUUGUACAGCAACAGAUGCAUAGGUUAGCAAAAGAGUCUGAGCUUCUAAGAACAGAAAAUGCAUCAUUGCAAGACACAGUUAAUAAAUUACUGGAGUCAAAUGAUGAGUUAUCCACCAAGAAAGAAUCCUUACACAGAAGAUAUAUGCUCGUCACGGCAGAAAGAGAUCGAUUGGAGGAGGAGAUUUCAACACUUUCAAGAGCAGGAUUGGAAAAUCAAAGCAUAAUAGAAUCCCAGUCAACUCUACUAGUAGAUCUUAAAAGUCAACUUGAAGAACUACAACAAUGUCUUUUGGAGAAUAACAGACCUGCCAAUCGUACCAUUGAAGAGUCUUUUGAAGGUGGAUCUCCAAUGAAUUUCUAUGAUGCCCCGUCCCCAGCAAAUGGAAGUGGAUCUGGAGGCAAUGUGUCUGGAGAGAACAUGGCUGAAGCAAUUGUAGAUAAGAUCUUGGGUGAGACUCAGGAGCAAUUAGCCAAACUUCAGACUCAGUAUGCUGCUCUGAAAGAAAAAUUGGGAGAAACCACUUACAGUAGAGACCAACUCCUUGCCCAGGUUGAAGCUCUCACAGGUGAAAAUGAUGCCAUAAAUGUUGAACUUGGGCAAGUUAAGGGGAAUUAUUCUCAGUUGAUGGUUCAGCAUGCAGAGCUUCAAGAGCAAAAUAUUGUAACAUCAUCUCAACUACAGGAAAGCCAAUCCAAAUUCUUGCAAGUAGAGACUGAGAAAGUUGGCCUACAGAAAGAACUUCAGGAAUCACAAGUCUCUGUCCUGACCCUGAAGGAACAACUAAGCCAAAAAAUAAAGGAAUUGGCUGGACGCUGUUCAGAAUUGGAAGAAGUUGAAAGUAAGCUGAAACUGGCCAGCCAGGAACUGGAAUGCACUGCAGCAAGUCUGAAGACGGAGACAGAAGCCAAGUGUACUUUGCAAGAGGAAUUUAACAGAACUGUAUCAAGACUGAAUGAGGAUUUCCAAAUGCAAAAAGUUAACCUGACAGAAGAAUAUGAGAAGAAGGUUGAAGAACUGAAUAACAACCUGUCAAUUAUCAUGGUUGAAUGGGAAACUCUAUCAAAAGAGAAAACUUUGUUAAAACAAGAACUUCAUAACAAAGAAGAAAGCCAUAUAAAUGAAAAGAAUCUGCUUGAGAAAAAGGUUUCUGAGAUGGAGGGCGAGAUUUCAGCCUUGGUGAGUGCCGUGGGUGCAAAAGAAAGUGAGCUAACGGAACAGCUCGCCAACUUCACUAAGCAGAUGGACUCCAUAAAUGCUGAAAAGGUGGUGCAUGAAGGAAAGGUGGCAGAAGUUUGUGCACAAAUAAAUGAAAUGGAAGCACAGCAUGCAGCAACUUUGGAUGUCCUAAAAGCAGAAGCAGAGAAACAGCAAAAUGAAUUUGACAACACUCUCUCUGAAUUACAGGAUAAGAUGAAGGCACUCCACUCAGAGAAGGUACAGAUUUGCAAUGAAAGAGAUGAGCAGGUGGCAGCAGUCAAGUCACUUACUGUGGAGGUUGAGUCAAAGCAAGAAGCUGUUUUUUCAUUGAAAAAAGAAAAGCAAGAAAUGUGUGAAAUGUUUGAACAAGAAAAGACAGCCAUGUCUUCCAUAAUCAAAGCUCAAGAAGAAGCCCUUGAUACCUUGAAGCAGCAAAUAGAAGAAACAUUAGAGGAACAGAAAUGUGAGAAGGCAGGGCUAGAGGGAAGAAUUCAAGAAAAAGAACUUGCUUUUGCCACUGUCAGAGAGGAGCUAGAGAAAACAAUAUUGGCACUCAAAGAUGAAAAGGCAAAGCUUGAGCAGGAUAUUCUAGAGAAAAGUGCUGCUAUCACAGGUCAUGAAAAUCAAUUUGAGGAGUUGGUGAAACAUGCAAAUGAGGAGAAAGCUUUACUACUUGAAAAGAUUCAGGAAAAUGAAACUGCCUUUUCAGCAGCCAAACAAGAAAUGGAGAUGGCUGCUACAUCCUUAAUCAGUGAGAAAGAUGUGGAGCUACAAAAUAAAGAGAAGGCUCUCAUGGAUUUACAGCAAGAAAAGGAACUCAACUUUAUGCUUAUUUCUGAAGAAAAAACAAGGAUGGCUGAAAUUAUCCAAGCAAAAGAAGAAGCUCUUGUUUCCUUGCAGAAACAAAUACAGGAAGAGAAGUUGUCUACAAACAGUAUCAUUCAAGAGAAGGAGGGCUGUAUUAGUUCACUUCAAAAGGAACUUGAAGUGGCUGCUGAAGCCUUUGGCCAAGAAAAGGCAGCUUUAUGUGAAUUGGUCAAGGCAAAGGAAGAGGAGAUGUUAUCAUUGCAGGACCAGGUUAAAGAAAUAGAGGCUAAGAUGAACUGCACGAUUCAGUCAAAAGAAGAAGUUAUAUUGUCUCUGCAGCAAGAAUUGCAACACAGCCUUGAUACCUUUGAAAAGGAAAAAAAUACUAUGCAGGGUGAGAUUAAUGCUAAUCAAGAGGCAUUAACAUUGGCUAAACAGCAGAUGGAAGAGGAAAAAGUGUGCAGCAGUAGAAUUGUUGGGGAAAAGGAGGAAGCUUUAACAUCUAAACAGCAGGAAUUACAGUCUAAUGUUGAGUCCUUUGAAAGAGAAAGAGUGGCUUUGCAAGCAGAAAUUAAAGCUAAGGAAGAGGCUUUAGCACUGACUAGUCAACAGUUACAAGAGGAAAAGAUGUCCAUGGCCAAAAUGAUUGAAGAAAAGGAAGAAGCUCUCAAAUCUAAACAAGAAGAAAUGCAAGAGGCAGUAGAAAGGUACAAUAAAGAUAAAAUGUCCUUAGAUGAAGACCUGAAGUCAAAGGAAGAAGUCAUUUCAUCACUGCAAAAGAAAUUGGAAGAUGAAGCCUCAGCCCACAGUGAAAUGUCACGCAUGAAGGAAGAAGCGCUGUUUUCUUUAGAGCAGAAAAUGCAAGAAGAUUCAGGUGUCUUUGACAACGAAAAGGCAGCCAUGGUUCAAGAACUCCAGAGUAAAGAAAGAAUGCUGAAUCUACUUGAGGAGCAGAAUAGAAAUACUCAAGGAAGAUUGGAAAGUGAGAUGACUGCUCACAUGCAAGCUCUUCAAGAAAAGGAUGCUUGUAUAAGCCACCUCAGGGAGGAUAUGAAAAAGGCAGAAGAGGAACAUCAGUUGCAUAUACAAAAACUGCAGAGUGACCUCACAGAUGCUUCUGCUGCAAGUGACACCCAACAGAAAACAAAUGAUGAGCUGCUAAGAGAAAUUAAUGCCCUGAAAAAUGAUAUCACCACAAAAGAAGCUUUGUUCAAGCAAAAUCUAACAGAAAAACAGGAAGAGACAGUGUCUGAGAUCAUGAUUCUAAAAGAAAGUCUUAGUGAAAAGAGCAAUGCUUUAGAAAAGGUUCAUAAGGAAAUUGAGGAACAACAAAAUAAACACAGUUUAGAGAUUGAGGGAUUGCAAAAGGCACUUAAUGAAAAUGCAGUGAUGAUGACAUCUCUCAGAGAAGAGAAAUCAGAAAUAGAGAGGAAAAUGUUUGAAGAGUUGAGUUCUGUCCAGCUUGUAUUGGAUACAGUCAGGAAGGAGAAGGAGGAAGAAAAGCAAAAUAAUGAGAACCAAAUUUCCUCUCUCAACAGAAUGUUAGAAGACAAGUCUCAAGUUCUAAAGGCUGUGGAAGAAAAACUUGUGCUUUCUCAGUCCCAACAUGAAACUAUGAAGAGUGAUCUUGAGAAGAAUCUCUCUGAGAUCAAGGAAAAUGAGAGUGCUAAGACUGUGGCCAUGAUGUCAGAGUUGGCAGGAAAAUCAGAAGAAGUCUUAUCUCUUAAGCAUGAAUUAGACCAAAUUCAAGAAGAGAAGAGGUUAUUAUUGGAGAAUAUCCAGCAGAAAGAAGAUGCUUAUUCUACAUUAAAGAAUGAAGCAGAUCAAGCGAUGUUGACUCUGAAGAAGGAUAUGGAACAGGAGAUUAAGGACAAGGAUGAACUAUUAACAGUACUGCGAGAAGAGAAAGAAAUUCUGGCUAAAGAGCUUUCCCAAGAAAAAGUGUCUUUGACUGAAAUGAUCAAUGAGAAAGAAAGGAUUGUGUCUACACUGCAACAGCAUACACAAGGUUCUACUGAAAUGCAUGAGAAAUUGACUUUAGAGGUUAAGCAGUUGGAAGAUGGUCUUCUAGAAAAGAAUAAGGCCCUAGGUGAAUUACAAGCACAGAUAGAGGAGGAGCAACAAAAACAUCAAUCGGAAGUCUGCAGUCUCAAGGAAACUGUAUGUGAAAUAACGAAAAAAAUGGAGUCAUCUACUGAAAUGCAAGAGAAAUUGACAUUAGAGGUUAAGCAGUUGGAAGAUGGUCUUCUAGAAAAGAAUAAGGCCCUAGGUGAAUUGCAAGCACAGAUAGAGGAGGAGCAACAAAAACAUCAAUCGGAAGUCUGCAGUCUCAAGGAAACUGUAUGUGAAAUAACGAAAAAAAUGGAGUCAUCUACUGAAAUGCAAGAGAAAUUGACAUUAGAGGUUAAGCAGUUGGAAGAUGGUCUUCUAGAAAAGAAUAAGGCCCUAGGUGAAUUGCAAGCACAGAUAGAGGAGGAGCAACAGAAACAUCAGUCUGAAGUCUCCGGUCUCAAGGAAACUGUAUGUGAAAUAACGAAAAAAAUGGAGUCAUCUACUGAAAUGCAAGAGAAAUUGACAUUAGAGGUUAAGCAGUUGGAAGAUGGUCUCCUAGAAAAGAAUAAGGCUCUAGGUGAAUUACAAGCACAGAUAGAGGAGGAGCAACAGAAACAUCAGUCUGAAGUCUGCAGUCUGAAGGAAACUGUUUGUGAAAUAACGGAAAAAAUGGAGUCCCUCGAAAAAGAAAAAUCAGCUGUGAAGCAGAGUGUUACAGAAGAGCUGGGGUCACUGAAGAUGAGCCUAGAUACCCUUAAGAAGGAAAAAGAGGAACAAGAACAGAAUUACAAAGAACAUGUAGCAUCACUAAAUACAAUGCUCUCAGAAAAAUCUGUUCUUCUCAGGACUCUUCAGCAAGAAUUGGAGCAGACCAGCUCAACUUAUGAGUUGCUAAAGGGUAAGAUGGAGAAGGAAAUCUUGGAACUGAAGGAAAAGGAAAGCUUGAGAGUUGCUGAACUGAAAUCACAGUCAGAUGAGAAUUCCAAGAGGAUGCUAGUCAUGAAGCAGGAGAUGGAACUUGUCCGCUCAGCUAGUGAAGAGCAAAAGAAUAAGGAGAAAGAAGAAGUUGAAUUACGUGAGAAGGUUGCCAGGGAUGCUGCUGUCUCUGAAUUAGAAAUUAAGAUUAAAACCUUGGAGGAUGAAAAGAUAGCAAAGGCCAAAGAACAAGAAAAGUUUGAAGAGCAGAUGAGGACAAGACUUGCCUUGCUUGAGAAGGAAGUGAAGACCAAAGAAUCCACUCUCGACUUACAAACCCAGGAGAUUGAAAAAGCCAAAGAAAAAGUGGAGAAACACAAAGCCCAUGUUUUAUCUUUGGAAGCAAAGUUGAUUGAUAAGGAACAGGAAGUCACUGCAGCAAAGGAGGAGGUUAUGAGAAUUGAACGUGAAAGUAACAGGUCAACUCAGAGCUUAACAGAAGAACUACAGGCUGUUAAGGAUAAUUCUCGGGCAGAGAGACAAUCUGUUGUUCAGAAGAUGAAAGCUUCGUACAAGACUGAGGUUGAAAAGCUCAUGGUACAAAUUGAGGUGCAAGAGAAGGUGUUGAAAGAGAAGCAGAUCUUACACCAUAAGUAUGAACAAGCAAAGAAGAAGCUGUCAGAGGUCAUGACAGAGCUCAAUGAAAACAAAAAGUCAGAAGAAUACUAUCAGAAACAGAUGACAAAGUACAAGGAUCAUGUCAACAAACUCAACGAGAGUCUUCAGAAUGAGAGGAAGAAACAGGCAGAUCUUGUCGAGAGAAUACAAGAACUGGAAGAACAGAAGUUACCAAUAAAGGAGAAACUGCAUGAGUCUGAGUUAACAAUAAAGCGACUUGGCAAUGAAAACCGAACUCUUGAGGCCCAAGUAAAACUGGCAGACUCCAAAAUGAGAACAAUGCAGAAACAGUGGGAGAGAGAGAGCUUUGGGUUUCCUAGCACAUUGAGAAAGGCUGCUUUGUCUGAGACUCAGCUCAGUGAAAUUAAGAUGCCAAGACCUUCAUCAUCUUCCACUGAAGAGGAAAGCUUCAAUGAUUCAGAUCUUGCACUUAUACGAAAAUCAACGAAAAAUCGUCCCAAAGAAAUGACAAGAGCUGUCUCAUCAGAUGUGGUAUUCAGGAAACCUACUCGCCAAAACACAGCGAUUGAGAAGCAGCCAAAGAGUAGUGUAGAUAUUGCCAACCUAGCUGUGGCUGCAACAGGAAAGAAAAAGAUCACUCCAUCGCUUGAGAAAGUAGUGUCAGACAAGUCACUGGGGCAUUCGGUACCAAGGGACAUGCUCUUCAACUGCGAGGAUGAAGAAGAACUUUUCAGCAACAAAUAUCUUAUUGACAUGCAGGUUGGUCGGUGCAACACUCUUGAUGACCCCCACUGGAAAAGAUUAUCUGAACUUCAGAGGAGAAAUUCCCUUUAUCCACCCCAUAUGCGGUCUGCUUAUCCUGCUGAAAUGCAGUUCAGACCACUUCAGGACUUUGAUGAUGACAAAUUAAGGGCUGGCAAUGCUGUAGAAGAUAGACAGCUGUUGAACCUGACACAGGCUACUGAGAACCUAGGUCUUGAUUCUCCGGCCUUCAACCUCCGAAAACGGAAGUCUUUGUCAGAUUCUACACACUCAGAAACAUCUUUAGACUCUUCUGGGGGAAAGCGUUCUAAAAGAUUAUCUACAUCCUACUCAAGACCAGGACCACCAACUCCUGGGAGAAAGAGUUUGAGUCGAGCGGACAAAGAAAAUCGAGCUGAGAACACUUCCACCCUCUCUGUAGGAAGUCGGGGGAGCAAGAUGAGCCCCAAGUCCACCUAUCCAGAAGGUUCUCCCGUUUCCACACGAUCCAGAAGAAGGACUAAUGCCCGCUCCACCCUGUCACCUGGCUCCAGUUCCACUGCAUCUGCCCGAACCCCAGGUGCCAGGUCCAACCAUUCAGGGAGGUCUCCAGCCAAUGUCUCUGUCCUAAGUAAAAAGGGCAUGACACCAAGAGGGAAGAGAGGUUUGACACCCUCAUCACUACGUAAAAUCCUCUCUAAGGGGAAGUCACAAUGGAGGAAAUUGGAAGAUGAGGCAGAGACACCCAGGGGACUUGGGGACAGCACAGGAUCAAAUGGCAGCUCAAAGUUAAGGAUUUUCCGUAGGCCCUUCGGUUCCAGAAAUUACAAUGUUCUCUCUGCAUCCCUAAGGUCUCAGGAAAACCCCCUCGACCUGAACGACUCAUUAACCGUAUCAACCGGGCGAUCAGGCCUAACUGUUGAUUGCAAGUCAAGAGGGAAGAAAUAGAGGAUUUUUAUAAUGAUAAGAUAGAGUGUAUUUCUUUUAAUAUCUGUAUAAAUUAGAAAGGCUUUUUUCUAAAGAUUUUAUUUGUUUUUAGUGUUUCAUCGCACUGUAAAGUUUGACACUACAGGAUGGCUAAAUACUUUUAUAUAUUUCUUUAGUUGUAUGAACAACACCAUCUGCUAAGAACUUUACAGUUUUCAUAACUUGAGUAUGUCUUUUAUAUGGCUACAUUAUUAUUAUUCUUUUGUGAGAGGUACAAACCUGUUUAUAUGAAGCUUUACAAACUAACGUUAAGAAGUGAAUUAUAUUUAAAGAUUGUCAGCAGAACAUGUAUGAUGUCAGGUGAUAUGUACUCUCCUGUCUGCUGCACAUUGUUACACUUGUUGACUCUAUAAUUUUUCAUGUUGGUUGCUUUUUUUCUCAAGUAACUAAGUAACAAAUUAUCUUCCAUGUCUAUCCCUUUAUACACUACAACACAUGCAUAAAUCGAUUUGUAAAAAUAAUAAAAAAAGUGCUGUAUA